ACCAGACUCGGAGCCCCGUGUACACUCCCGGUCUGGGUCAGACCACACUCGGUGCCCCGCGUACACUCCCGGUCUGGGUCAGAGUGCACUCGGAGCCCCGUGUACACUCCCGGUCUGGGUCAGACCGCACGGAGCCCCGUGUACACUCCCGGUCUGGGUCAGAGUGCACUCGGAGCCCCGUGUACGCUCCCGGUCUGGGUCAGACCGCACUCGGAGCCCCGUGUACACUCCCGGUCUGGGUCAGACCGCACUCGGAGCUUCGUGUACACUCCCGGUCUGGGUCAGACCGCACUCGGAGCCCCGUGUACACACCCGGUCUAGGUCAGUCCGCACUCGGAGCCCCGUGUACACUCCCGGUCUGGGUCAGACCGCACUCGGAGCCCCGUGUACACUCCCGGUCUGGGUCAGACCGCACUGGAGCCCCGUGUACGCUCCCGGUCUGGGUCAGACCGCACACGGAGCCCUGUGUACACUCCUGGUCUGGGUCAGAGUGCACUCGGAGCCCCGUGUACACUCCCGGUCUGGGUCAGACCGCACUCGGAGCCCCGUGUACACUCCCGGUCUGAGUCAGACCGCACUCGGAACCCCGUGUACACUCCCGGUCUGGGUCAGAGUGCACUCGGAGCCCCGUGUACAGCCCCGGUCUGGGUCAGACUGCACUCAGACUCGUGUGUUUGAGAGUGGAAAGUGAGCAGACAGGGAGUGAGGGAUCAAUGAGGCAGGACACCUGCCUCCUGUCAUUCAAUGGUGCGCUGGAAUUGAACACCCAGCUCCCGAAAGUUAUUCAAAUCA